AUGCUUCCUCCUGUCCCCGUCCUUAGCGACUACGGACUCUCACCAGAACAUGGUUUCCUUCCGGCCCAAUUGCCUCUCGAGAGGCUCCCUGACCCAUACUACAACAAGUGGGAAGCUGUCGUGGCAAACCUCCAAGGCUUGAUCCUCAGCAAGCGUUUGCGCGGAGUCAUCGAUCGGCUUCCUGCUCUCUCUACUGCCGGCUUGGAGCAUGACUCGGAAUGGCGAAGAGCUUACUCGCUGUUAUGCUUCAUGGCUCAUAGCUAUAUCUGGGGCGGUGACAGCCCUUCAGAUCGCUUGCCUCCCUCCGUUACGAUUCCUCUGCUGCACAUUUCGGCUUACCUCGAGGUCCCACCUGUUGCCACAUAUGCUGCCGUCUGCUUGUGGAAUUUCAAACCAUUAUUCGUAGACGAGCAUGUCGAUAACCUUGAGAAUCUUGCAACCCUUACCACGUUCACAGGUUCGAUUGAUGAGUCCUGGUUUUACCUGGUGUCGGUCGCGAUCGAAGCACGAGGCGCUCCCAUCUUGCCACUCAUGCUCACUGCUAUCCAAGCGGCAAGGACUGGCGACAGUGCAACCGUAGCUGCUUGCCUUAGAAGAUUUGCCGAAAGGCUCGAUGAUCUAGGAACGCUUUUACAGCGUAUGCAUGAAAGCUGCGAUCCUCAUGUCUUCUAUCACCGCAUUCGACCCUUUCUUGCUGGAAGCAAGAACAUGGGGGAAGCUGGCCUGCCAAACGGAGUGAUCUAUGAAGACGGUACAGGAAUUGAUUACUACAGGAAAUACAGUGGUGGGAGCAAUGCGCAGAGCUCCAUCAUUCAAUUCUUCGACAUAGUUCUUGGUAUCGAACAUCGUGCUACUGGCGAAAAGAAGGACGACUCUUCAGAGAGCGAGCUCGAGGGUAUUGCACCUCCACCCAAGCAUAACUUCUUGCUUGAGAUGCGGAAGUAUAUGCCUGGACCUCACCGAAGAUUUUUAGAAGACGUCACUACAGUUGCGAAUAUUCGGGAAUAUGUUGAAGCUCAUCGAAACAAUAUCGAGCUGACUUCCGCUUAUGAUGCAUGCUUGGCAAUGUUGCGAGUCUUCCGUGACAAGCACAUCAGCAUAGUGGCCCGCUAUAUCAUCGUCAAAGCCCGUGAAUCAAAAUCGCUUUCCAAAAGCUCGGAGGCGACACGGCAAAGAACGAACAUUGCUACUGCCUCCCAACAAGGCAAGAAUAGUACUGGUAAGCAGGAAAAUCUUAGAGGAACAGGUGGUACUUCUCUGCUUCCUUUCCUGAAACAGGCUCGGGAUGAGACGGGCGAGCCCACGCUGAAUCAAUGGGCCAAGCAUGUGGCUAGCCGAGACUUCAGGACCAAGGGCAAAGGAGAUUUUUUCCUAGGCAAGCUAAACGGGCAUGCAGACGGCGAAGUCGACCAUGCUGGUCUUGCUGGUACCUGGGCGGUCGAUGACAGCGCCGGCGGCAUCUGCCACUACUGA